GACUACUAGUAACUACAAACGGCUACAACAGACUAUUCAGUUUUACUAUUUUCUAUGGGCACAAUAUUAGAGAACUAUUAAAUAUAAAAAAUACUCAUUCUUUGGUUUAAAAUAACUUAAUUUACAACUGAUGUAUACAUGUACUGAUUAAUAUAGUUGUUAAGUAAAGAUUAAUAUACAAAUAUUAAGAACUUUAAAUAUAUUUCAUAUACCUAUAGUUUCAUACAAAAUGGGAUUGAUGACAGUUUUGAAGAAAAUGAAGCAGAAGGAAAAAGAGAUGAGAAUCUUAAUUUUAGGUUUGGAUAAUGCUGGUAAAACCACUAUAUUAAAGAAAUACAAUGGAGAGCCAACUAAUACAAUUGAACCAACCUUGGGUUUUAACAUUAAAACAUUAGAUCAUAAAAGUUAUAAACUAAACGUAUGGGAUGUUGGUGGUCAAAAGUCAUUGCGAUCAUAUUGGCGUAAUUAUUUUGAAAGUACUGAUGGCCUUAUAUGGGUUGUUGACAGUGCUGACAAGAGAAGACUGGGGGAUUGUACUAAUGAAUUGCAUAGUUUAAUUGAAGAAGAGAGAUUGGCUGGAGCUACAUUAUUGAUAUUUGCUAAUAAACAAGAUUUACCAGGUGCUUUAUCAUCAGAAGAAAUAAAAGAGGUGUUGCAAUUAGAUCGAAUUAAAACUCAUCAUUGGAAAAUAAUACAUUGUAGUGCAUACACUGGAGAAAACUUGUUGGAAGGUAUUAAUUGGAUGGUUAGUGAUAUCUCUGCUAGAAUAUUCACUCUUGACUAAAAAUGUUUUAAAAAUUAAAAUUAAAUACUUUUUGUGUACAACAAAUUGAGUUUAAACAUUCCUUCAUAAAGUGUUUGUAUUAUUUUCAUUACUGAUAAAAUAGUCGUACAUAAAUAUAAUAUAUAAAUAAAUAAUAAUUAAUAUA